AUGUCUCGCUCAAUUGUCAAUACCAAUACUUAUCCGUGGCUCUUCAACGCCAGUGAAACCAUAUCCACCAAGGCAAAUGGCGACACCAAAGACAUUGAAGUCAAGAUACCCAAGUGCAGAGGCAAAAUACCCUCCCUCCAAGCAUCACGACUUCGGAGCAUGAUGCUUGAAGCCCAUGCGGACCCAGCUAAAAUCCUAGCAUUUGUAUGUAGCUAUGACGCAUUGAGCUCAAAACUCUGUGAAGAGGCUGGUUUCCCUGCACUUUUCCUUGCUGGAUAUCCAAUGGCGUCCUCUCUAGCCCUUCCUGACACGGGGUAUAUUGCUUUUCAAGAAGUUGUUGGGAAAGUUCAAGAAACUGCCAGGGCUACAAAUGUUCCGAUUCUUGUAGAUGGGGAUACCGGAUACGGGGGACCGAUGAACGUUCGCAGGACGGUUGAGGGGUUUGCUCAUGCAGGAGCGGCAGGUAUAAUGAUUGAAGACCAAGUUUGGCCAAAACGUUGCGGCCACACUCAAGGCAAAAAUGUGGUUUCGCGAGGGGAAGCAUAUGCACGAUGGCGUGCAGCCGUCGAUGCCCGAAACGAAGGACUAGAUAUUUGGAUUAUGGCACGUACUGACAGCCUUAUUCUUGGCUACGACGAAGCCAUAACGAGAGCCAAAGCAGCAAUUGAAAUUGGCGUUGAUUGCAUCUUCGUGGAAGCUCUUCCAGACCGGGAGAGUAUGGUCCGCCUUCGAAAUGAUCUGGCUGGUAUCCCUAUAUUUUCCAACAUCAUUGAAGGCGGCAAGACUGAGAACCUGUCCGCAAAGGAUCUUGGAGAAAUGGGAUACUGUGCGGUGGCUUAUCCCUGGACAUUAGUUGCGGCAAAAUUGAAGAGCAUUCGGGAGACACUGGAGGCAAUCAAGGGGUCGUUUCUAGUCGGGAAGCCGCCAACAGUUCUCUCAUAUGCCGAAGUUUGUGAUGGAGUUGGAUUUAACAAGUAUUACGAACUGGAAGAGAGGUAUCAGUUUGAGGGGUCGAUGACUGGGAGCAAAGGGUUUCAGUUUAACUAG